AUGGACAUUGACGACAUCCUUCGCCAAGUCGACCCCGCGACUCAUGCAUCGCAACCCGGUACACGCGACCUUCAGGCCAUGACGCGUCGGUGGGUGGCAGAACGAUCGGCCCCAGAGCUCUUGAAAUGGCCAUCCGACGGCCUCUUUGAAAGAGUCAAUGACUGCAUCAAGGCCCAAAUCGAAAAAGUCGAGGAGCUGACUGGCGACAUGGACCCAAAAACCAACUUUUCUCUCAUUGUCAUCCAAACAGAGUUGGAAAGAUACAAGUUCCUACUGAGAAGCUAUUUGAGAGUACGCAUUGCAAAGAUUGACAAACACACACUGCACUAUCUGUCCACGCAAGAACUACGAGAUAGACUGUCGACCUCGGAGCUCGCGUACGCAACGAGGCACCAAGCGCUACUUCAUAACCACUACCUCUCUUCAUUUCUGGUGUCGUUUCCGCAACCGCUGCAGAAUCUGAACGACACAGCCGGCAACAUUAGCAUGAUUGACACCCCGAACUUGGACGCCGCCGUGUUUAUUCGCAUGCUCAAGGAUAAAGAUGUCUAUGGGCAGGGAACAGAUGCAGACGUUACCUUGCCGGCUGUGGAGGGAGAUGUCCUGAUUCUGAGGUGGUCCAGUGCAAAAGCGUUGGUGGAAAACCAGGAUGCUGAGCUGGUGUGA